AUGGUACAACGCAGCAACAAGUCAAGCAUGGAUUACGUUAGUUUGGGCUGUUGCACGCUGGCCUUCGUGCUCUACAUCAACACACUGAACGCGGGAUUCGUCUACGAUGAUAGGCGGGCGAUCCUUGGCAAUCCGGACGUGCUCGGGUCGGGCGGCUGGUUCCAGCUGCUGCAGAACGACUUCUGGGGGACGCCCCUGUCGGACUCGGGCUCCCACGGCUCGUACCGCCCGCUGUGUGUGGCCAGCUUCAAGCUCAACUACCUGCUCGAUGGCUUCAAGCCGCUCGGCUACCACCUGGUCAACGUCCUGCUGCACUCGCUGGCGACGGGGCUGGUGGUGAAGCUGGCCCGCCACCUGCUGCCGGCCGCCUACCGCUCGGGACCGGCCGUCGCAGGCCUACUGUUUGCGGCCCAUCCCAUCCACACCGAGGCGGUGGCCGGCGUGGUCGGGCGGGCCGACCUGACGGGCUGCAUCUUCUACCUGCUGACGCUGCUCGCCUACAUCCGCCACGUCCGGUGGCGGCAGUGGGGCGACCGGCGGCACUGGCUAGCCCUGGCCGCCACCAUCCUGCUGGCCGGCGCCGCCAUCCUCUGCAAGGAAACGGCCGUGACAGCUUUAGUAGUUUGCGCGAUUUAUGACAUCAUAAAGGGCUACGCCGGAUCCAGAGAUAAGCACCGAAUCCGAAGCCUCGGGCUGGUAGCGCUCUCGCUAGCCGUAAUCGUGCACUUCCGGUUGACACUUCCACGGCCCGCCACCCUCUUCUCCACGGCCGACAACCCGACGGCCAAGAGUGGCUCACUGUGGACCCGGUUUCUGACCUUCUCCUUCCUGCCGGUGGUGAACUUCAAGCUCCUGGUGCUGCCGGACGUGCUGAGCUUCGACUGGGGCAUGGAUGCGAUCCCUCGCAUCAGUUCCGCGUUCGACCAGCAGAUGGCGCUCGCGGUGGCGUUCUAUCUGGCGCUCGCGUACGCCCUGUGGAGCGGUGGCCGGGCGUUGCUGCGGCCAUCGCCGGGCGCAUCGACUACUGGAGAUAGUGUCGGUGACGUCGGUAGCUGCGUCAGUACCUUCAAUCGGAAGCUAGCUAGCAAACUGAACCUACACCGGCUUCGCACCGCGGGUGAUCCGGCGGCCGAUGUGACUCCGGUCGUGGCCGAGGUAGUCCUGAGACACUCGGCGUCGAGGGGUGCGCCACGCAAGGCGCUGGCAUCGCCGUGCACGCUCUGCAAACACGACGCCGGGCUGCGGCACUCCAGCCCCUGCCGGACGCUGCACAACAACAACGGCAUGUCGUCCAUCAUCUGCGGCUGUGCGUACGGGCCAACGGCGGCGGCGUACAAAUAUUUAUCACUAUCGCCUUCGACACUGUCCAAUUAUUUCUGCCGCCUGGUGGCCCCGAGCCCCGACGCCCCAAGUCCGGAGCCCAAAAGGGGCGGCCGGGUCGGCGGGGCGUACGGCAACAACAAUAACAACGACAGUGCCAGCAUCAACUUCAACCAGGGCUUCCCGGCACCGGUCGGCAAGAAGUUCGUCUGCCACUGGCCGCUGACACUUUCCGGUGACGUCAUCGGUGGCGCUCGAGAUAAGCAGACGUUCCCGUUCGCGCUGCUCCCACCUUCCAACCCGGGGGGCGGGGCCGGGUCCUCUAGGACCCCCUCGCUCUCCUCUUCCACCUCAUUCACUUCUUCCUCAUCCUCCUCCUCCUCAUCUUCCUCCUCCGCGUCGAGUUCGUGCGCAUCUUCCGUGCGGGGCGACGGUCCGGAUGCUUCCAUGGACGAGGGUCCGGAUGGGGCGGACGGUGGUGGUAUCGGGGCCGCCGGAGCGCUCCUGAUGUCGAUCGCACUGCUAACGCUUCCGUUUCUGCCCGCCACCAACCUGCUGUUCUACGUGGGUUUCGUCGUGGCCGAACGGGUCCUGUAUCUGCCGAGCGCCGGCUUCUGUCUGCUGAUCGGGCUCGGUGUAAGCGGCCUGAUUGAUGCCCCGCCCACCGAUCGGUGCCGGAAGGCCGUGCUGGCGUGUGUCGGAUUACUGCUCCUGGCGUACAGUGCGAAAACGGUGCGCCGGAACCGGGACUGGUCCGACGAGGAGAGCCUCUUCCGCAGCGCGAUCGCCGUCAACCCUCCCAAAGCCCUCGGAAAUUUAGGAAGUGUCCUUAGUGCGCAGGGUCGCUAUCAGGAGGCCAAGGAGGUCCUGAAGGCAGCGCUCAGCUAUCGCCCCAACAUGGCGGAUGUACAUUAUAAUCUAGGAAUUUUGCUGCAAAACCAGCAAGACUACAACGAGGCUGUGGAGAGCUUUCGGAAAGCGAUACGCUUCCGACCAUCGCUGGCACUCGCCUACCUUAACCUGGGAACCUCACUGAUAGCGUUGGGCCGCUGUCAGGAAGCGGCUAGCGUCCUGCGCGAGGGCUCGAAGCUGGACGGCACCGGUCUGCGGGAUCGACCGGCCCACGAAAACGCCCGCAUCAGUGCACUGCUGCAGCUCGGCAAUCUGUACGCCGAUCAGGGAAAACUGCAACGUGCGCUGGCCAUCUACCGCGAGGCGCUGCACACACUGCCCGAGCGCUAUCCACCGCAAGUGACUGAGUUCCUGUCAUCGCAGCGCCGAACCGACGAGGCAUUCCCGUACCGGGUGAAGGCGGCCGAACUGGCCCCGGAAGACUACGCGCUUGUGGUGGCCGCAGCAUCGAGCCUCCGAUUGCACGACCGCAAACCGGAAGCCGAACGAUGGUACCGUCAGGCUGUGAAAUUAAGACCACAGGAAGCCCGGGCUCACACCAACCUGGGAGCAAUUCUGCAUCUGCUGGGGCGCACACAGGAAGCGGCCAGCAGCUACCGGGAGGCGUUACGUCUCCAGCCGGACGAUUUGACCACGCUGUCGAAUCUGGCCAAGCUCGGUGUUCCGGCAAUCUCCUGAAGGCCCUUGAAACCACCUCCAAGCCCCGGUCGGAAGAGGCCCGGAAGUUGAUCGAAAGGAAACCCAUGCACGAAUU